AUGAGCAAUGCGACGAUUCUGUUCAACGUCUCGAAGAACGAGCUGUUCAAGCUGGCGGACAACUACAAAACGCUCCAUCGCAAGCUGAAGGUGAACCAUCGCGUCGAUAGCAAUAAAAGUGACAUCACUCCCGAACUCCUCAAGACGGCCACGGUGUUUGUGUUGGCUGGACCGCAGGAAAAGUUCACCGAAACUGAGUUCCAAUACCUAAAGGACUACAUCAACGAUGGCGGUCGGCUAUUACUUCUGCUGGGUGAAGGUGGAGAAAUGCAGUUCAACACGAAUGUCAACUUCCUUCUGGAAGACUACGGAAUGACCAUCAACAACGAUGUCGUUGUGCGACCCCAGUAUUACAAAUACUUCCACCCGAAGGAAGCCCUUAUCAGCGGUGGAGUGAGCUGCGAUUCAAUGAAUAAUUUACUGCUGGAAGCGAGCAAAAGUAUCCUCACAUCGUUCGACUUCAUGGACAAUAAAUACAAAGUCGAGUUCGUGUAUCCCUUCGGCGCGACGAUGAACGUCAUUAGCCCGGCUAACGUGCUGCUCACGACUGGCCCAGUAGUAUACCCUUUCAACCGACCGCUAGCUGGGUGCUUUCAGAACGAAAGCAACGGCAAGCUGAUUGCGAUCGGCUCGGGACACAUGUUCCAGGACAAGUACAUCUCCAACGAGGUAAAUACCGCGCUGUGGGACAGCCUGUUGGCGCUGAUUCUACAGGACGAUUUCCAAUUCAAAGCGUCCGACUUCAACGACCUGGAGAUAAAUGACUACGCCGUCAUACCCGAUACGAUCUAUCUGGCCGAGCAGCCGAAGAUAUGCCUAAUGGAUUCGCUCGAUUACGACAUUCCGGCCGACUUCAAGAAGCUAUUUGAUAUGUCGCUCUACUCAAUCAACAACGAUCUGCUGCGCGAUGUUAUCAGCACGUACGAAAAGCUAGAUGUGCAAUAUGAACCGCUGAAGAUCAUCAAACCGCAGUUUGAGAUUCCGUUACCACCGCUGCAGCUUGCGGUGUUCCAGCCAAUAUUCAGCGACCUGCCGGCGCCUCCUUUAGAGCUGUUUGAUUUGGACGAAGCGUUCAGCUCAGAAAAGGUACAGAUAGCACAACUAACCAACAAAUGCCUAUCUCCUGGUCACGAGGGACCGCAUACGAUUGACGAGAAAGAGUUGGGAUAUUUUAUUCAGGAAUGCGGACGCAUUCUUAAGGUCUGUCAGGACGAUCAGAAAAUGUCCCCAAAGGAGAUUCUGAACGCGAUCAGCGUUAAGAUUGCGCACUACAAAAAGUUAGACAAGGAUUAA